GCCAGCUCCCACAGAGAAGGAAGCGAAUGUGUAGAGGUGUUAUGUUUGCAUUCCGCAAAGGCUCGAUGAUCGCAUAUUCAGAAAGUUGCAAACCAAAUCCGAACUUGGGGUAUGUGACAGUCGAAUGACGUGUCGAGUAAUAUGUCUAUAUCGCUGGCCUUGUUCAAGAUAGAAGUCGCGGCUGACUACCCUCUUCUCUCGCACAUAAACUACGUAUCACCCAAAGCAUUACGACAUGACUACUCAGCUCGCCUAAAAGGUACCGAUUUGACUGAAUCCCAAGUUGUUGAACUCAAGAAAGAAAGUCGAGGUUGUCGAGAGGUACACGAGAUCACAAUCGAGUCUGUCGAUUUGGAUGCCGUUUGGAACAUGGCGAGUAAGAAAGACCUAGCUGCGCUUGACCAGGAAAAGUCGCACGAAGCACAAACAGGAGAGAAAGUAAAGGUAUCAACAUGCAGCGAGAUCCCAUUCUUCAGUGGAAAUCAUUGUGUGGAAGUUACCCGUGGGAUCAUUCAUUUAUUCAAGGAAAACCAACAGACGUCUUUGAGUGAAACAGAACGAAGUGAAAUGCUUUGCAUGCUCGCUGUUCCAUCUAUCAUGACACUUCAUGACUUGUUGCAGUUCAUCGCACCUGUCAGCGUCAACGUAGAAAACAUACGCGUUAUUCGCGACUCUAAGCCCAACUUGUACAUGGUGCUCAUUAAAUUUAGAUCCCAGAAGUCUGCGGAUGAGUUCUACCACAACUUCAACGGCAUCCGCUUCAACUCGAUCGAACCCGAAGUUUGUCACCUGAUCUUCGUGUCUCGAUUGGAGAUGGUCAAAGAGUCCGAAGAUGACACUUCAUGUCUACCGAUUCCCGGUCACACAGAACUCCCAACCUGCCCAGUCUGUCUGGAACGCAUGGACGAAUCUGUUGAAGGAAUCUUGACGAUUCUUUGCAACCACAGUUUUCACGACAGUUGCCUCGCAAAAUGGGGUGACACAAGUUGCCCCGUCUGUCGAUACUCACAGACACCGGAACCGGUACCGGACAAUAGGUGCUUCAGUUGUGGAUCGCAAGAGAACCUUUGGAUUUGUCUCAUCUGUGGUCACAUCGGUUGCGGCCGGUACGUCGAGGCUCACGCCUACAAUCAUUACGCACGGACGGGACACACAUUUGCGAUGCAGUUGGGCAAUAAUAGCGUGUGGGACUAUGCGGGGGAUAACUACGUCCAUCGCCUCAUUCAGAACAAGACGGACGGGAAGUUGGUUCAGUUAGAAAACUUGCAGACGGACAGUGAUGAGAAGUUGGACUCUGUGCAGCUGGAAUACACGUACCUCUUGACGAGUCAGUUGGAGAAUCAGAGGAGGUAUUUUGAAGAUUGCAUGGAUGUUGUACAGAAGGAGAACAUGAAACAGAUCAACGAAUUGAAGGAAAAGACGCAGAUAGCGGUAGAAGAAAGAAAAGAAUUGGAGAGGAAACUCAGUCAGGUGACAAAAGAUAAAGAAACAGCGCGGCGGAAGAGCGACCAACUGGCUUCCCAGCUGAGCAAGACCAAGCAGGAACUGCAAGAGGAACGGGAGAUGAACAAGUGCCUUCGAGAAAACCAGCAAGAUUGGCAGAGGAGGCUCAAGGAUGUGGAGACAAAGCUCCUGCAUGUGCAGCAAAGCAAAGACAAGGAAAUACAAGAUCUACAAGAGCAGCUGAGGGACCUCAUGUUCUACCUGGAUGCCAAGGACAAGAUCAGCUCGGCUUCUAGCGAUGUCCGCCAGGAGAUCCAAGAAGGCACCAUUGUCGUUGGUGCUUCAGGAUCUCAGAAACAACAGCGUCGGAGAAGAAAUUGCUGAUGGAGUUCUUUUCGCUGGAAUAAAAACUUGUUUCCCAUUUUG